AAACCACUGAACAGUACCCCGGUUAGACUGCAGCGCAUGCUAAUGAAACUUCACGGCUAUGAUUUCCAAAUUCAUUACAAGCCCGGAAAGCUUUUGUACCUAGCGGAUACGUUGUCUCGUGCUCCGUCAGAACGGGGUUCGAAUGAAGACGUGCAUGCAGAUGUCACAAUACACGUGAACAAUUUAAUUGAGUGUCUUAACGUGUCAAAAGAUAAGAUUAGUAAAAUCAGAGAAGCGACUAACAAAGAUGAAGUUUUGCAGCGCUUAAAAGAUUAUUACUUCAAUGGGUGGCCAAAUAAUAAAAAUAAAACUAAUGUUAUCACUGGGCCAUAUUGGACUUUUCAAAACGAGAUUCACGUCAUUGACGGAAUAGUAUUUCGGAAUCAGCAAAUCGUUAUUCCCGAAAUACUACGGAAAGAAAUACUUUCCAUCAUACAUGAAGGACAUUUGGGAAUAGAAAAGUGCAAACAGCGUGCUAAAGAGUUAGUUUGGUGGCCGGGCAUGGGCGCUGACAUAGAGCAGAUGGUACAGCGCUGUGAGCUUUGCCAGCGACAUCGUGCGGCGCAGCCUCGUGAGCCGUUGUGCCCCCAUCCCGUGCCGAGCUUGCCAUGGCAAGUGGUCGCUGCUGACCUUUUCGAGUUCCAACAAAAACAUUAUUUACUGGUCGUAGACUAUUACUCGAAAUUUAUCGAAGUGGCGUCCUUGAAUAGCUUAACAAGUGGAACUAUAAUUAAUCAGCUGAAAAACUUUUUUGGGCGGUUUGGAAUACCACAGAAGGUAGUGUCUGAUAAUGGCCCCCAAUUUUCUGCGCAAGAAUUUAGUAACUUUGCUGGACACUAUGGAUUCGAACAUGUGACGAGUUCGCCGCUGUACGCUAGGUCUAACGGAUUGGUUGAACGCAAUGUACAAACGGUAAAAAAACUGUUUACCAAGGCACAAGAGGAUCACACUGAUUGGCAGUUGGCGUUGCUUAAUUUCAGAAACACUCCAAUAUCUGGAGAGCAGUAUUCGCCAGCACAGCUGUUGAUGGGUCGCAGGCUCAGAACACGACUUCCAGGUACAGACGAUAGCUUAAAACCGGAAACAGUAGAUCAUGCUACAAUUAAAAAAAUACGGCAACAAAAAACUACUAAAAUCAAGGAAUAUUACGAUCGUGGUACCAGGAGCCUUCCCCAGCUCAGACCAGAUGAGUCCGUGCGCAUGCGUGACAACAAAGUCUGGGUUCCCGCCAAAGUCGUAGGAGUUGCUCGCGGAGACCGUUCUUACUGGCUUACCACAGAAAACGGUCGAACAUAUCGGAGAAAUCGAGCUCAAAUCUUACAGCGGAACGAAGACUCAGACGAGGAGUACGAAGACGCAACACCUAAAAGUCCAGUUCCUAGAUCACCCCAGGGUGAACGCGAACCAGGUGGUAGUGGUAUCGUCACUAGAAGUGGAAGACAAGUUCGUCCGCCACAAAGAUUUAGUUUUGACUAAUUUUCGAUUCAAUGUGAAUUAUUUUUACUGACAGGAGAUAUAUAAUGUUAUGUUGUAUUUUGUAUUUUACUAAGUAUGAAAGAAGAUGUUAUGUUGUAUUUUUUAUAAUGUUUGUAUUUUCUUGUUUAAUGUUGUUCUUGUACUUGUUACUUAAUUCGUUAUAAGAAGGAAGAUGUAGUAGU